AUACGAUACGAUUCUAUGUACUCAAGCAAUUAUUUUUAUCAAAACAUUAACAAAUUAUCAUCUUAUCGACCCUUACCAACAAUAUUCGCGAUCUCUGGAUAUCAGUGUUAAUUACUAUGACGUCACACGACCCUAACAUGUGCAUAUUAUGACAAUUUUGCAAUGCAAACUACUUAGUUUGUUGUCUAGCUAAUUUUAGCUAGUUUCAUAGCAUGUUUAUCUCUCCAAGCGUGGAAGUGCAGUGUUUUUCAAUACAACAUGGAUAGUAGUAGUGAAACAAGUGAUAAAAAAGUGGAGGAAGAACAAAGAAAGGAGUUGGCGCCGCAUCAGAAAAUUUGUCUAGUUUGUGGCGACAGAGCGUUAGGAUAUAAUUUCAACGCGAUAUCCUGCGAGAGCUGUAAGGCGUUUUUCCGUCGCAACGCAUUAACUAGUAAGGAAUUUAAAUGCCCUUUCUCUAAUAACUGCGAUAUUACUGUUAUAACUCGACGGUUCUGCCAGAAAUGCCGCCUAGAAAAAUGCCUGGCUAUUGGCAUGGUGAAGGAGUUUAUCAUGUCAGACGAGGACAAAGCAGAAAAGCGAAGGAAAAUAGAAGAGAAUAGAGCUAAGAAAAGACAGCGGGACCCGGACGAGGAUAUAAGUAGUUCGAAAAACUUUAAGCGGGAUGAUGAUGGUAGAAGCAAUUUUACGCCCCAAGAGUCUGUGAUACAAUAUGACGUCCUUAACAGUACUACGUGUAGUCCUAACAGUACGGUACAAUCUCCAUUGAGCAAUGAGGUUGAUUCGUUAAGUUCGCCUCCGGGCUACGGGUCAUAUGUACCGGUGCAGAGCGCAGAUCACCCGUACACGAUGAAGGUGUACCCAAUGGAUGAGAAAACUCAAUACGAUCCGAGGAUGAUCGAGUCAUACAAUAUGUGUGAUAGUAUGAUGUCUAUUGAGAGUACUAUGUAUGAACAGCCAAAACAGAAUAGUAUAAGGUCAAUAUUAACAAACGGCGACGCAAUCAACCGGGAAGCGAAGCCGCUACACAUGUGUGAAGAGCUGCCGUCCACAAGCACUGAUCCGGAUAUUAAUAAAGCUAGGGAUAUACUGCAGGAUGUGGAAAGAAUAGAGCCAAAUUCCAUGGAGUCCAUAUUAUGCGAGGCGAUAAAACUGGAAUUCGAAGCAUACACCUCCGUUAACAACUGCAGCGGGUCAUCCAGAGAACUUAAUGAGGUGGAGCGAGCAAAGCUAAACGAGCUUAUAGUAGCAAAUAAGGCUCUAAAUGCACCUAUAGAUGACGACAUGUCACAACUUAUAGCUGCCGACUGUACUUCCAACCUCAAGGACGGUGACGGAGUACACGACCCGCGUCUAGUAACCAUUGUGAACCUUACGGCCAUAGCAAUAAGGAGGUUCAUCAAGAUGGCCAAGAAAAUCAACGCUUUUAAAAAUAUGUGUGAAGAGGAUCAGGUGGCGCUUUUAAAAGGAGGUUGUAUAGAGAUGAUGGUGCUGAGAAGUACAAUGACAUAUGACGGCCAAAUGAAUCAAUGGAAGGUAAGCCUAACUAUCACUUUUGGAGACCACAAUAUGGGUGAUGGCAAAGGCGGUCCAAGCGGGGAGAGUGCAAACGCAGUACCACAAGCGAAUGUGCAAGUCAUGCAACCGGCCGCGCAGCCGUCUCUGGAAUUUUCCACUGACCCGUUAUCCACUGGCGCCGACACAUUCCGCGUCGGACUAGAUCACGAGUACGCCGCUGAGGUGAAGGACGUCAUUGUCAACCCGCCGGCGGAGGGCAAAUAUGAGAAGCUGAAGGCAGAGCUGAUCUCAAGGCUGUCAGCGUCCCGAGAAAAGGAACUGAAGAGGCUGUUGGUGCAUGAGGAGUUAGGUGAUCGCAAGCCAUCCCAAUUCUUGCGUCAUCUUCAGCAUCUAGCAGGCCCGCAGGAAGCGAUCUCUGUGUUUUUCCGCACUCGGCUCUUCGUGAACAUCGACCCAAAAGCAAGUAUGAACUGUUCGCCGCGAAUGGAUCUGUAA